GGGGUACAACAGGGUCAACUUGACCUUUGAGCCUUUCCAGAUCAUCUCCGUGAACGAACUGAGUCAAGCCGUGGCUCUGUCCUCUUUGAUAACAUUCGAGUGGUUCCUUCUGGGCUGCCAGUGGAACACUUCCGAAUACAAUGGUAAGUGGAGAAAGUGGAAUACCUCCGAAUACAAUGGUAAGUAGAGUCAGUGGAAUAACUCAGAACACAAUGAUUAAGUUGAGUCAGUGGAAUACCACAUAAUAUAAUGUUUAAGCUGAAACAGUGGAAUACAUCAGAAUACAAUGGUUAAGUUGAGUCAGUAGAAAGUCUCAGAAUAAAAUAGUUAAUUUGAGCCAGUAGAAAGUGUGAUAAUACAACAGCUAAGUUGAGUUAGUACAAAGUCCCUGAAUACAAUAGUAAGUCGGAUCACAGUGACAAAAAGUUCAGGGAACAGAUUAUUACUUUUCGUGUAGAUGUUUAUAUUCUUCAAUAUGGAAAUACUUAGCUCAGUGCUUCUCGAACUCCCUAAUGCCACGACCUUUAAAUACAGCUCCUCAUGUUGCGGUGAAACCUCACCAUACACUUAUUUUCGUGGCUACUACAUAAUUAUAUGUUUUAUGAUUGUCAUAUAAUUGUCUCACAGGUUGAGAAGCGUUGACUUAACCACUUCAUUAAAUGUUAAGUGCUUUCGGCCGAAAUGGUUUUAUUUGUUUAGUUCUAAGACCGUUUAGUUCAAAUGACUUUAGAAUAAUAAAUGCCACACACAGCACCCGGUAUUUUAUUUUCUUAAUGACGAAAUCAAUCAAGUCGAGUACGCUUUGAGGAUUCAAAUUUUCAGAGUUAAAUUGUAAAAAAAAAUAUUAUUUUUUUUAUAAAGCUGUUGAAGAAAUCAUAUCCCUGUUAUGUCUGGAUCAAGGGUUCUCACCAAAACAGCGUGAGGAGCCACGGCUUCCUCAAAGAGGGGGGUAGGAGUGGGCCUAGUGAACAAAAAAAAAAAAUCCUUAACAUUUUCAGAAGGGGCGUCAUGGCUCGAAAAAAUUUAGGGAAAAUCUGGUCUUGAGGUUAAUUUUUUUUUUUAUCCCGUAGACAUCGCGACAGUAGACGUGGACACAUCCAUCAUGUGGACACCCGUGAUCACAAACCCAAAGAGCAUGGACCAAACCCAAGUUACCAUGACGAAUACAGCCAGCGUGAGUGACAGUUGAAGUUGUUGUUGUUUUUUUGUUAAAUUAAAUAUGCAAUUUAUGAAGAGUGGUUUCAGUUACAAACUAACAAAAGAAAUUUCUGUCUGUAUAAUUCAUAUACUUUUUGGAUGAAAAUAAAGAUAAAAUAUAUCAAAGAAAAGCUAACUUAACGAAAAUACGAUGCCUUUAUGAAGAGUAAAUUAUUUCCCCCCAGCGACAGUCGUCGUCCCCCCCCCCCUUUUUUUUUCCUCCACCGCGAAAUCGCCGAUAUAAUUGAAAACCAACGUAUUGACUUGAGUUGCUGAAUUUUUUAACCAAAUAUUGAGUUUGUUGUCAGACGUACUGAGCAGGAGUUAAUCUUGGUGAGAAAUUUUAAUAUUCUCAAUUUGCUACCAUCAAAAGCUGACGUUUACCACUCACACGCUGUACGCUUGAAGAGAAACAACCAAAAAAAGCUGGGGAUUAAUUUUGAAUACCUAUUUAUAAAACUUGAUUUUUUUUUAAAAAUAAAAAUUUAUUCUAAACAUAAUUUAAAUAGAAAUUCGUUAUUGGAAAGAAAAAAAAAUUUAACCAAUCAAAUUAAAAAAAAAAAAACUUUAAUUGUUUAUUAGACAUCAAAAUGUAUUAGCGCACGUGUCUUCCAUCAUUAGACAUUAUACUAUAAAUAUGCUUUAAACAAUUAAAAUAAAGGUAUCAUGUUUUGUUAACUUCAAUUUUUGAUUUUUAAAUUUAAAAUUUUAAUUUUUUUCAAAUGUAUUUCCUUUUAUGGGCUUCAAUCCUUCCCGUACAGGUGACAGCCGACGGAAAGGUAACUGUCAGAUCCCCCAGCCGGGUGAUCACCGCGUGCCACUUGAAUCUCGAGAAAUACCCGUUCGACGCCCACCACUGCACCAUUCCUUUCCUGUCGGUCGCCAAGAUAGACGUCUACCCUCAGGUGGUCGAGCCCCAAUCCUAUUUGCUGGAGACCUACUUCAGCACCAGCGCUGAAUGGCGCCUGCUGGAACACAGCUGCACUGCGAAAGAGGUAUGGCGCGCAAAAAAAAAAAAAAAAAAAAAAAAAAAAACUUGGCUUCGAAAACGUUUUAUUUUAAAUUCAGUUUUUGUUCAACGUAUUUUUUAAAUCCUUUAAAUGAAAUCGCUUUUGUAUGUCUUCUUUUAGAUCAACAUAUAGGAGGUUUAAAUGAUCCACGCCCGGUCAAGUUAUCUAGCUGAAACUUUGCACAUAGUUGUGAUGCUAAUUACAACGCAUUCUGUCAAAUUUUUCAAGCCCAACCCCGAAUUUAAAACAAAAAAACGAAACAGUUUUUAUUCUUGUUCUAGGGAAGGAUGAUAGAAGCAUGUUGCCACUUAAGUCAUGAAAUAAAAAUCUCGCUAUCUGUGCUUAAUGAUUUCAACAACAACAACAAAAUUUCCCUAGUGAGUUUAAUGCGUAAUAAAUUUUUUUUAAAGUAUAUUUAAAAUAUAUAUAUAUAAGAUAGAUAUAAAGAAAGAUAUAAUGAUAUAUAUAUAAAGAUAGAUAUUAAGAUAUUUAUAAACAUAGAUAUAAAGAUGGAUAUAAAAUUUAUAUAACUAUAUAUAUAAAAUAUAUAUAAAAUAUAAAUAUAAAGAGAGAAAUAAAGAAAUAUAUAAAUAUAUAUAUAUAUAUAUAUAUAUAUAUAAAGAUAAUAUAAAGAUAGAUAUAAAUAUAGAUAUAACGAUAGAUGUAAAGAUACAUAUAAAGAUAGAUAUUACGAUAUUUAUAAAGAUAGAUAUAAAGAUGGAUAUAAAAUUUAUAUAACUAUAUAUAUAAAAUAUAUAUAAAAUAUAAAUAUAAAAGAGAGAAAUAAAGAAAUAUAUAAAUAUAUAUAUAUAUAUAUAUAUAUAUAUAUAUAUAUAUAUAUAAAUAAAAUAUAAAGAUAGAUAUAUAUAUAAUUAUAUAUAUAUAUAUAUAUAUAAAGAUAAUAUAAAGAUAGAUAUAAAUAUAGAUAUAACGAUAGAUGUAAAGAUACAUAUAAAGAUAGAUAUUACGAUAUUUAUAAAGAUAGAUAUAAAGUUAAAUAUAAAUAUAGAUAUAAAGAUAGAUAUAAAGAUAGAUAUAAAGAUAGAUAUAAAGAUAGAUAUAAAGUUGAUAUGAAGAUAUAUAUAAAAUAAAUAUAAAAGAUAGAUAUAAAGAUAGAUAUGAAGAGAGAUAUCAAGAUAGAUAUAAAGGGAGAUACACAUUUAGAUAUAAAGAUAGAUAGAUAUUGACUUGAACAGAUUUAAAUGGAUGCAAUCACUAAUGUUACUAUUUUUAAAAAAAAAUCAAACACAGAGCAAAAAGAAUGCCCGUAAAAUGAGAGCUGACAAGAGUAAAUGAAUGAAAUGUGAAAUAACUCUUCACAAAAAGCUUUUAACGCUGUGUUUGUGAUUGUGUGUUUGCUUGUUUGCUGUUCUUGUCAUCAGUUAUCCAUUAGUAGCCCGCUGUUAUCCUGUUCACGACGCCCAAUACGAAAAUUAAAAUUUAACCAGGUUUGGCCUUUUUUGUUGUUUUUUUGUUGCCAUUGGUGGUUCUCAUAUCAUGUAUGUACAACUACCAACGGUUUUAAUCAAUUUGUAUUUCGCCAGUCUAUCAUUGGACUAUACUCUCGAUGGACAAAAAUCAAUAUACUAAUAUGUAGAUACUAACAAAAUAUUUGUCAAUUUCAAAUCCUUACAUUGUAUGAGGUCUAAGACUCGGUGUAACAACUAGUAAAACUAAUUUACGUGGUCAUCUUUUAAAAUAAAUAUAAAAUUUAAAAUUAAAAUUGACAUGAUUUAAAAAAAUAUAUAUAUUUUCCUUUCACCUUAGGCUGAAAGUAUGAAUAUAGUGUACACAGAAUGUACGAUCUAUAUGGAGAGACGCAGCGCCUUCUACGUGGCGACACUCGUCUUCCCCAUCGGCCUCAUGUCCUUCAUGACGCUCCUGGUCUUCUGCAUACCCCCGGACUCCGGGGAGAAAAUGUCCUUCGUCAUCUCCAUCUUCGUCUCCAUGACCGUCUUCAUCAACUUCGUGGUCGACGUCAUCCCGAGAAGCAUGGACCGGUUCCCCAGAAUCCUCCAGCUCAUCGUGGCGGUGAUCAUUAAGAUCGCCGUGACCACAGCCGCGACAGCUUACGUGCUGCAGAAGCACCGCCGGGAAAAGAGAAAAGACUUCGAACACGAGUGCCGCGCUUGUAAAGAUUCGCGUGUCCCGACGCCGGAGAAACCUUUGGAGGGAGAGUUUGAGACGCCGAAAAAGAAAUUCAUGGAAGACGUGGACGGAAUCGAGUCUGUGAUAUUGGAGAAGGGAAAUGGCCACCAUCAUGGGGUAUCGACUGGUCAAAUGUGGAACAAAGUCGAUUCUGAAGUAUCUUCCACGAGAGUCAAGCACACCGGAUUUACUAACGGAGAUGCGAAGGCAACCAGGCCUGGUUGGUUCUGUC